AUGCGCUACAUUCUCACCGCGAGCGCCUUCGCGGCCAUCGCGAAUGCGCAGACAUGGUCGCAGUGCAACCCCAUGGAGAAGGAAUGCGAUAACAACCCGGCCAUCGCGAAGACCUUCGAGAGCAAUUUCAAGAGCGGAGAGGGUGCACUCAAGGGAUGGCAGCAAACCGCAAAGGGCGCCGAGUUCACCGACGAGGGCAUCCUGUUCAGUGUCAAGAAGACGGGCGACGCUCCUACGAUCCAGAGCGACGGCUACCUCCACUUCGGUUACGUUGAGGUCACAAUGAAGGCUGCCCGAGGCGCGGGUAUCGUUUCAUCCAUUGUCCUCGAGUCUGACGAUCUGGACGAGGUUGACUGGGAAUUCAUCGGCAGCGACGCCACCCACGCCCAGAUGAACUACUUCGGCAAGGGCAACACCACCGUCUACGAUCGCAUGAUCAUGGCCGAUGUUGCCAGCAUCGAGGAAGUGCACAGGUAUGCGCUGAAUUGGACCUCCGAUGCCCUGACCUGGCUUAUCGACGAUGCCCCUGUGCGCACCCUUAACUACGGUGAUGCCAACGGCGGCAAGAACUUCCCCCAGACACCUUGCAACGUCCGCAUUGGUAUCUGGGCUGGCGGUGACUCCAAGGACCAGGGAACCCGGGACUGGGCUGGCGGCAAGGUCGACUACUCUCAAGCUCCCUUCAACCAGGUCGUCGAGAAGGUCAAGAUCACCAACUACUCUCCCGGAAAAGAGUACGAGUGGACAGACAAGUCUGGCUCGUUCGAGUCGAUCAAGGUCAUCGACGGUGAGGGCGUUUCCAGCGGCGGUUCCGCCAACAAGACUGAGCCCUCCACCACCGAGAAGGCCGGCGAGAACGGCGCUGCUGCGACCAGCACUCCCUGCACCGAGGAGGCUACCACCAGCACCCCACCCCCGGAGGAGACUCCCUGCGACUGCGAAGUUGAGACUGUUACCGUGACUGGCCCUCCCCGAGCACCGAGACUUCUGAUGUCCCGCAGCCGCCUCAGAGCACCCCUCCCCACCGCAAACUUCGGACAGCCCGCCCCCACCAGAGUCGACCAGCUGCACUGA